AUGCUCGGGUAUGCCAUUAAAAACCUUCAUUUCCAUUAUAGGAUGCUUCUUCCCAUUGGCCAGGGCACAUAUGGCUCAGUGAGACUGGCCCAGCACAAGCUCACGGGCACCCUGGUGGCCAUCAAAACCAUUGCCAACAGCAAGAGGCGCCUGCACUGGAUCCUCUCAGAGAUUGCAAUCCUCGAGACCCUUGAGCAUCCCAACAUCAUCCGCCUCUUCCAGGUUCUAGAGACACCAAAAUGCUACCACCUGGUGAUGGAGUAUGCCCCGGGAGGAAACUUGUUCCAACUGGUAAGGGAGGAGGGCAGGCUGGAGGAGGAGAAGGCACGGAAAAUAUUCGGGCAGAUAGUGGCAGCCAUAAAGCAUUGUCACAGCAUGGACAUCAUCCAUCGAGACCUGAAGCCUCAAAACAUCCUAAUUGAUGAGGACGGGGCAGUAAAAGUUAUUGACUUUGGGCUGGCCACCAGGUCUAGAGCUGGCACUAAGCUCAAAGGCCAAUGUGGUACCAAAGGCUUUUUUGCACCAGAGCUAGUGCAUGACAUUGCCUAUGACGGCCGAAAGGCUGACAUCUGGAGCCUGGGCGUGCUGCUCUUUUUUAUCACCACUGGGCAUUUGCCCUUCUCCAGCAAGCAGUGGUGUGAGACAGCGAAGAAAAUAACUACUGCCACCUAUGAUAUACCCACAUAUCUUUCGGGGCAACUGGAAAAUUUAAUCCACCAGAUGUUGACAGUUGCCCCAGAGAUGAGGCCUUCCAUUGAAGAGCUGGAGAAACACCCUUGGGUGAUAAAAUUGGAACCAACCGUACAUGACAGCUACUCAGAUUCCACUAUUAUUGACACGCUCUGUGACGCUGGUUUUGAUGCCACCAAGAUCAGGCGAUCCCUGCAAGAAAAAACGUACGAUGCAACAAUGGCGGCAUACCUAAUCCUCAAAGAGCAGGCACGAAAGGGGCUUAAGCUUGGCGGUACCACCUCUGCCAAGCCAGUGAACCCUGGAGCCACACCUCCCUCAACCCCAGUCCAUGCCUCUAUCUCUGGUCUUCCCCUCAAGCACAUUGCCAGCACCCCCAACUUUGGCCUCUUCCACGCCCAUCCCUCACGGCAGCCCCUGCCUGUUGCCCGGACACUCCCAGGGCAGAAGGUGACCAGAAGUGCCUCCCUUCCUGCCAUUGCUCUAUGUUGCUCCCAGAAAAACACCCCCACUUGUAGUCAUGCUGCUGCAGCAAGAGCUGUGGCUGCCCCAAGGGUCUUCGGCAGCAUAUUGGGAGAGGAAGCGCCCCUGCCACAGGGGCAAGACUCUGACACGGAAACAGCAUCUCCCCCUCAGAACAUCGGCUGCUUCCAGAAACUCCGCAGAAGAAUCGUGGAUUGCCUAACUAAACUCUGUUGCUUCCCUCGGAUUCCCAGGACAAAACCCUGGCGGCCUGUGUUCACCCACAAAGUGGGUCCCAUGAAAGAGGCAGGAGGCGGAGCCCAGUGA